AAAUCGCCUCGGUCAAAAUACGCUGGAAGACUCGCGACUCCGAGAAAUAAUGCAGUCUUUUGGCGAUGAUACGCUGUUCGCCGAUCUAAAUAUUGAAAAGAAUUGUAGAGUUUUGCAAGAACAGAGAGGAGAUAAUGUCUUGCGAGAAGAAAACAGUGGCGAUGUGGGCAAAAAUUCUAAACAGUGCUUACUGGUUUCGGAGUUUUCAAGCAAGGACAGCGACGUGGAUCAAUCGAAACUGUCACAUUUCACGCAUAAUACGAAAGGAAUAAUAAAACAGAAUGAAUCCGACUUUACUGAGUAUUUCGAAAAUAGCAUUUUAUUUCCUAAAAUUAACAGGACAAAGAAUGUAUCCUCAGCAUCGAGUGCUUUAAAAGGAGAUAAGAUUCUGUCAUCUAAAAAAAAUCGGAGCCCUCGUGAAACUAAAAGGAAUAUUAAACAUCCUUCUGAUGUUAUUAACAGUGUAAAGAAAUGCGAUAAAUCUAGCACACAAAAUCUCCAUAAAAAUGGAUCUCAUGAUAACAUUGAUAAUGCAAUAAGUGGUAGUAGCGUUGCAAUAUCAUCAACUAUUGAUAGUACAUGUGAUAGAGAAAUCUCGAAUGUUAUUUUGUCUCGAGCUCUUUGCACGCAGGAUCGAUGUAAAUUAGCAUCAUGGGGUUUACCACCAAAUAUUCUUCAAAAAUACAUUGCUCGUGGAGUAGACUGCAUGUUUGCGUGGCAGAUGGAAUGUUUAUCAAAUCACCAAGUAAUGCAAGAGAGAAAGAAUCUUGUAUAUUCUGCGCCUACAUCUGCAGGAAAAACUCUUGUUGCUGAAAUCCUGUUGAUUAAGACUGUUUUAGAAAGAAAGAAGAAAGUGAUCUUCAUCUUGCCAUUUGUUUCUGUUGUUAGAGAAAAAAUGUAUUAUUUCCAAGAUUUAUUGUCUGACAUUGCAAUAAGAGUGGAGGGAUUUAUGGGAGGAUCUGUACCUCCUGGUGGAUUUGCUGCUACCCAUGUUGCAAUAGCCACUAUAGAGAAAGCGAAUUCGCUAGUGAAUCGUUUGAUGGAGGAGAAUGAUUUAAGUAGUUUGGGAGCUGUGAUAAUAGACGAAUUGCAUCUACUGGGUGAUCCUAAUCGUGGUUAUCUUUUGGAAUUACUUUUGACAAAAUUGAAAUACAUGACUAUUCGUAAUGAAGACAUCAAUAUACAACUGAUAGGUAUGUCGGCCACAUUGCCAAACUUAAUCUUGUUAGCCAAAUGGCUAAAUGCAGAAUUGUACAAGACUGAGUUUCGUCCCAUUCCUUUACAUGAAUAUUGUAAGAUAGGAGAAAAUAUAUAUGACAACAAAUUAAGUCUUGUCAGAAAAGUAGAAGAAUUGCCAGAAUUAGAAAAAGAUGUAGAUAAUAUUCUGCAACUUUGCAUCGAAACAAUAAGCGCUGGUCAUAGUAUACUGAUUUUCUGUCCUACAAAGAAAUGGUGUGAGAAAUUGGCAGAGCAAAUUGCCGUAGCCUUCUUCAAAUUAGGUUGCAAAAAUACAGUACUUGGAGAAAUGUUAAGGAAAGAGAUCAACAAUGUAUUAAUUCAGGAAACUCUGGAGCAAUUAAAGCGCAGCCCAAGCGGCCUCGACAACAUUUUAAAGAACACGAUUUCGUUCGGCAUUGCAUUUCAUCAUGCUGGACUCACGAUGGACGAACGCGAUAUCAUAGAAGGAUCUUUCAGAACAGGAUCCUUGAGAGUUCUUAUAGCAACAUCAACAUUAAGCAGUGGAGUGAACUUACCUGCACGAAGAGUAAUCAUAAGAUCACCUCUAUUUGGUAAAGACCUAUUGAAUACUUUAACUUACAAACAAAUGAUAGGACGUGCUGGCCGUAUGGGAAAAGACAGUGCAGGAGAAAGUAUACUAAUAUGCAAACCAACUGAACGCAAUGCAGCUCUGUCCUUACUCUCUGCAACUCUGGAUCCGAUUGAAUCUUGUCUCAAUGAUUCUACGCUAUUAAUAAGAGCGCUCUUAGAAGCAGUGGCUAGCGAAGUUUUAUAUACAUUGGAAGAUUUAAAACUAUAUAUGAAUUGUACUUUGCUGAGCUUCAAUAAACAAUCUGAUAUACAAACUUUUUCCAACGAAGCAAUAAAGUUCUUAUUGGAUAAUGAAUUUUUAUUGUAA